AUGGCAGCCAACGCCAUGUGGGAGGUUGAUCCCGAGACGAGGAGCAAGCUCGUCACGAUCCAAUCCGAACCCGGCAACUCCCUCUGCUGCGACUGCGGCGCCCCGUCUCCCCAAUGGGCAUCCCCCAAGUUUGGAAUCUUUAUUUGCUUGUCUUGCGCCGGAGUUCACCGCGGACUGGGUGUUCACAUCUCUUUUGUGCGAUCAAUCAGCAUGGACGCGUUCAAGCAAGCCGAAAUCGAGAGGAUGAGACUGGGAGGGAACGAGAACUGGAAGAAGUUCUUUGAGGAGCACGAGACAAACAAGAUGAUGGGGGUGAGCUGGGAGGGUGCAACGAUUGCGGAACGAUAUUCAGGGGAGGUGGGUGAAGAGUGGAAGGAGAGGUUGAGCUGUAAAGUUGAGGGGAGGGAGUAUGUUCCCGGGCAGAAGAAGGAGACACCGGGCGGGGGGAAGAUCAAGGUGGAUGUGGAUUACUUUGCUAAGCUGGGGGAGAGGAAUGCGGGUAGGUCGGCAGAUUUGCCGCCGAGUCAGGGGGGGAAGUAUCAAGGGUUUGGCAGCUCGGGGACGUCGAUGCCGCAGAGGAGUAAUCAGCAGCAGGCCGGGUUGCCGGGGCUGGAUGAUUUGCAGAAGGAUCCGGUGGCGGCGUUGAGUAAGGGGUUUGGGUGGUUUACGAGCUCGGUUGCGAAGACGGCGAAGACGGUGAAUGAGGGGUUUAUUCAGCCUACUGCUAAGCAGAUUGCCGAGUCAGAUUUUGCCGCGCAAGCUCGUGUUGCUGCUGCCAAUGCGGCCAAGGCUGCUCAGGCUGGCACAAAGACUGCUUCUGAAGGGUUCACAAGAUUUGUGGAGGGACCUUCAGGUAGUGGGUAUAAGCCUGUGAGGAGCGAGAACUUUGAUGAGAGCAAGAGGGCGUUCUGGGAUGAUUUCGCAUCGGCGGCGGACAACAGGAAGACGAGCGGGAACUCCAUUGGGACUUCGGCGCUGGGUGGGAACAAGCCUUCUUCCUCCGCGCCUCCGAAGCAGAAUAAUAAGGACGAGUGGGAGGAUUGGUAG